UUCGCUUGUUUCUUCAUCGAGUGUACACAAAAUAUUGAUAGUUUUGUGUAAAAUAGUGUAUAUAUCGUCGCAAAAAUUUAGUAUAAUUUUUUUUCUUUUUGAAAAUAUUUAAUCAGUAUUUUUGUGAUGAUGCCUUAUUGGUUUUAUCAGUGACGCCAAUUUUAGAUUAUAAACCUCUCGUUACACAGUGAACAAUAAAAGAAAUAUUGGUAUAAAAGUGAUCGUAAUUAGAGAUUUUCGAAUGGAAGAACAUCGAAAGUAGACAAGAAUGACCCACACCAAGGAAUACCGGAUAGCAAUAAGCGACCAUGGGAUCCAGCGAGUCUAGCUUGGACUCUUUGAAAGGCUACGAUAAGUCAAUUCAGUUGUCAGAAUCUCCAGCCACCAUGAGCGACAGUUUCAAAUCGACCGACGCACAACCCUCCGACCAGGAAAUAAUGGCCCUAGCUAUCCACGAGGGCGAGGACUCGGCCACCGAAAGCUUACCAGCCACUGAAGAGCUGGUGGAAGAACCCCACGACAGAUCUGACGGCUCAGAUUCCGGCCUAGGCUCGGAAAUUGCCGAGGAAAGGGUGGAUAACGCCCCCAACGCACCCAGCUAUGAAAGCGACAGCGAAACUACAUUCCUGGACAGGAUAAAUGAAUCUGAACCUUCAACGAGCAAAGCUGGAGAACAGGAAUCUUCAGGUGCUUCCUCGAGCUCGAGACCUAUCUCAGAUCUCGUUGCCAUACUUAAAAAGGGACCUACCAAGAGUAACCUGAAGAGGAAGUUGCAGUUGGAGGAGACUGAUCAGCCGAAAGUGAAGAAAAAAAGAGGGAUUACAUUUGAUAGCGUUACGGUGUUCUAUUUUCCGAGGGCUCAAGGGUUUACGUGUGUCCCUUCGCAAGGAGGGUCUACUUUGGGAAUGGCUGCACAGCAUCAUCAGGUGAGGAAGUUCUCCAUUAUGGAGCAUGCUAAUGAACAACGCAGAAUACAUCGACAACUUGUUCAACAGCUCAGAGCGGAAAGAAGCGUAAACUUCGGCCCCCUGACCUGGUCCAGCGACGACAGCGACAGCGAGGACGAACUCAGCGACGCCUCCGAAUCCGAGAUGGACCUCGACAACUACUACUUCCUCCAACCGGUCCCCACCAGACAGCGCAGGGCCCUGCUCAGAGCCUCCGGAGUGCGAAAAAUCGACUCCAUGGAGAAGGACGAGUGCAGGAACAUCCGAACUUCCAGAGAAUCCUGCGGUUGCGGUUGCAAAGGAUACUGCGAUCCUGAUACGUGCUCUUGCAGCCAGGCCGGCAUCAAAUGCCAGGUGGAUAGACUCAAUUUUCCUUGCGGUUGUACUAAGGACAACUGCGGGAACUCUACGGGAAGAAUAGAGUUUAAUCCUGUGAGGGUUCGGACCCACUUCAUCCAUACUUUGAUGAGACUGGAGCUGGAGAAGAAGCAGGAGGAAGAAUUGAGGGAGAAGAGACAUAACUGGAUGAACAACGAGAGACUCCAGCAGGAUUCGGUGCAGAUGAAUGUGGUGAGUAAGUGUUCGGGCCAGCUGCUCAGAGACAUCAGCCUGAACGCUUACAUAGAGGUGGAGAAUUGCGUGAAUAGUGGUAGUUUUACCAACUUGCACUAUGGCGCUCCCGGAGAGGGACCUGGUGGUUUAGGAGGAGGAGGAGGAGUAGUAGGAGGGAGUAAUUCUUCGACGGCGGGGUUUGGAGAAUUGCCGGAGAGUGACGACUCGUUCGACUUGUACCAGUACAGGGAGAACUGUUACAGGGAACAAGCCGAUAGAAAACAACAGCACCAAGCACACCAACAGCACCACCACCACCACCAGCACCAGCCCUUUACCUCCCAACUGGCCUGCUCUGCGAAUCAUCAUCAGCAGGUCUUUACCCAACAGCAGCAGCAACAACCGACGCCGGCAACCACGCAAUUCGAUCCACGCUUUGCUUCGAGUUCAACCGAAUCGCCGUCGGCUUUUUCCGGCCAGCAACACCCGAACGCCCCCGUCCAUCCCUACGCCCCUGCAAUCGCGCCACCCCCACCCAACACGACCGCCCCCACCACCGGCAUCAAUCAAUACGGCAACGCAGCGUCUGCGCAGCAGUUCCAUGCGACGUUCGGCGCCGGCGCCGUUGCCGAGUUCGCGACGAACGGGGCAGGAGGCGGAGGAGGAGGAAUCGGCAACGGUGCGGCGUUCAAUACGUACGCGGGCAUCUACGGAAAUUUCCAACAACAGAUCCCAGCCAACAGCUUCGACCAAUUCCCCCAAGCCGAACACUACGCCAACGAGACGAAGGAGAACCAAUACACCAACCUGAACACAGUGUCUACAAGUUCCAAACUUGAAUCUUCGUUCAGCGACUUGUUAAACAAUCGCUACGCCUACGCCACGUACGAGGAGACGACCAGUUUCGCCAACUCAACGCCCGACCAACCGACGGCAAGCGCUGUUGCCAACGUGGCGGAUCGCAUCGUCAACCCUGAGGCCAACCCUGACGAUUGCGACGAGAAUUUCGGCGAAAUCAUCAAGAAAACGAUGGUCGAAACAGUGUCGGCGUAAAUCAUAUUCUAAAAGUGCAUAUAAUAUGUUAUAUUAUUUAAAGUUAUCGUUACGUUAACCUAUAUUUAAUUAUUAUUAUUAUUAUUAUGAAAAUGUAAAUGAUUUAUAUGAGGAAAAAUGUAGAGAAAAAAAUAGUAAAAGGA